AUGAGUCCUCCACCGCGGCCUGUCAAGACCGACAACAACUCUCCUCCGGACUCGCAAGCUUCUGGCGUCUCUCCCAACAUGUCUGACAACGAAUCUGCGGCGCCUUCCGCCAACGACUGGCCCGUCAAGGAACCUCCCUCUCCCAGCGGUAGCCAUUCUGGCUCCGACGUGGACGAGAAGCCCAGCCAGCAGGGCGAUGCCCCCAACGUCCCGGUACAGAAGCGUCGACGAGUGACCCGUGCCUGCGACGAGUGCAGACGUAAAAAGAUUAAGUGCGAUGGCAAGCAGCCCUGCACCCAUUGCUCAGUUUACAGCUAUGAAUGCACGUACGAUAAACCUUCUAACCGGCGGAGAAACCCUGCUCCCCAGUACAUUGAGGCACUGGAAAGUCGCCUGCAGCGUGCCGAGACUCUUCUGCGCAAGUUUAUGCCAGAGGUUGACUUGGCCGAUCCCACUUUAGACCCUGCGGUCCAGCAAGAGUUCCGCAACCGAGAGCACGCACGAACCCAGGCGGCCAAGCUGAGGCACGAUCCUUUUGCUGCUCCCGAAAAGGAGGACGCUCAGCUUUUGUCAAUGAUCGAGUCCAUAGGCCAGCUGGACUUGGAUGACAAAGGCGGUUGGGACUUCCACGGAGUGUCGUCUGGUGCUGUGUUCUUGCGGCGUAUGAAGGAGCACUUCCGGGGCAUGAUGGGACCGCCGACCAAAGUGCCAUUCCUCCCACGUUCAGAACGGCCUGCCGGCUUGAUGAACUUGGACUCUCCGGCACCAGUUGCCAACUCCCCCUAUGACUCGACAAUGAAUACCGCCCCUGAGCUCCCUCCCAAAGAAGUUGCGAGGAAGCUGUGCUACUACUCUCUCAACUGCGCCACUUGUUUGAUCCGUGUGGUUCAUGUUCCCACGUUUUACGAAUUACUUGAUCACGUUUACGAAAAGUCAUAUGACGACUACACCACGGAAGAGCACAAGUUUGUUGGCCUGCUGUUUGCCGUCAUGGCAGUAGGUUGCAUGUACGCGAACUUGGACGAGACUGCCCCUCCUGUGGCCUACAAGGAGUCAGUUCAAGAAGGAAUGAAGUAUUACAAUACCGCCAGGCGCAUCCUGCAAGACAUCACUGAAUGUCGCGAUCUCACAUCGCUACAAGCACUGCUCUUUAUGAUUCUGUUCCUGCAAGCAACCUCGAACCUAAGCGGAUGCUAUGCGUUUGUGGGCAUUGCACUUCGGUCAGCUCUGCGCAUGGGUCUCCAUAGGUUCUUGAAGCACGAGCAGAUUUCCAUCAUUGAGCAGGAAGUGAGGAAGCGCGUGUUUUGGGUUAUUCGACAGAUGGAUAUCUACGUUUCGGCCAUGCUUGGGUUUCCAUUAUUGCUCAACGCCGACGACAUUGACCAGCCGUAUCCUACCGAGAUCGACGACGAAUAUAUCACAAACGAGGGUAUUCUUACACCGCCACCGGGAAUGUUCUCAUUCUUUGAAGCUUUCAAUGCCCACACCCGGUUGAUGGAGAUUCUGGCCAAGAUCCUCAAGCAUGUUUAUCCCUUGAAGGGCCUCGGCCAGAGCGUCAUGAAGGGAGACAAACCAGGCACGACGUACCUCAUCAGUUACGCUAGCAUCAAGCAAAUCGAGACCGAGUUGCAAGAGUGGUACGAGAUGUUGCCUUCCCAGUGGCGGCCAAGCCCCGAUGGCACAGUAGAGGUGAUUCGCGUGCGCCAUCUGUUGAGAUUUGCAUAUGCCCAUGUUCAACUUGUCCUGUACCGCCCCUUCCUUCAUUACGUUUCGCCUCGAUUGAGCUUGGACAAGAACGUCGACGAGCUUUCGUACGCUUGCGCCGCAGCCGGCAUCAGCGUCUCGCGCAACAUCGUGCACAUUGGCAUCGAAAUCCGCAAGCAAAACGUGCUUGCCGGGCCUUACUGGUUCAUGCUAUUCACCGAAUUUUUCGCCAUCCUUUCUCUCGUCUUCUACGCCAUCGAAAACCCUGAGAAGCUUGGCUCCGCGGAAGUAUUAGAGGAUGCCAUAGCUGGGAGAGACAUGGUCGCAAAGCUGCAGAACAAGAGCCAAGCCGCCGACAGGGUCACGGACGCACUCAAUGUCUUGUUUGAACAAUUACCCGAGAGGCUUCGUCAAGCCAAGGCUCAGCCAAUCCCCACGAAGAAGAGACCAGCACCCGGGCCAAAGGCAAGCUCGAUGCCCAUUCACGGUCACCCGGGCCUGAUCCCGGGUGUUGGCCAACGCCGAUCCGAAGAACUGAGCCGGUCGCCGAGUGUAUCGCUUGCCAACGGGCGGAUGUCGCAAGGGCCGGUUCGCGGCUCGUACGAUGGCGUUCCCAUUUCCGAGGCGGCGUACCAGGACCCCAAUCUCGCGAUGCAGGACUUGCUAGCCAUGGAGAUGCCGUCUCGGGCAACUCCCGACUCUGUGAGCACAGCGGCGAGUUCCAACCAGCGGCCGCAGGGAUUUCCCCCGCCACAUGUCAACAACAUGAACCACAUCAGCAAGCUCGACUCGCUGAUGUUCCCAUCGGAGGACCCGUUUGCUUACCCUAACCAACCGAUGAUGGAGCUGGGAUACCAAAAAGGACCCGGGCCGAACAACGUCAGCGGCCCGCAGGAUGCGUCCUUCAUGAUGCCUGGUGCAUUCGACGAAAUCGACACCCAGCUGCUCGGCCAGUCACCAGCGUACUUUUUGCACCAGGGACAGGGCCAGCAGCAAGCGCCGCAACAGCAACACCACCACCAACCGGGCUUCGACCUCUCCAGCAUGUACCAGCACUCGGGAUACCCGGGCAUGUCUGAUGCAGCAAGGAUGGAGCAGGCUAGGAGAGCGCAAAUGCAACAAAGGCCUGGAGAACUGGACAGGAUGUUCGCAGAGUCUGGAUACCAAAACAACUGGGCGGCAGGGUUGCUCGCCAGGAACGGAUAUCAGGGCCUAUAG